AUGGAGUUGGCUUGGUGGCCGGCUGUUUUGAUUUCACUCCUCAAACUUGCGGACGGGAUUCCCGUCACUCAUGAAGUCUUCAACAACAGGAAAGGCCUGUGUCAACCCGUUCCAACCAAGGAUGGAUUUCUGCUGGGUGUGCAACGAAUGUAUGCUGCGAACAGAUCCAAGGGGCCGGUGUUUCUGUACCAUGGCAUUAUGCAGGGAGGAGAGGUGUGGGUUGUGAAUCAACCAAAGGUCACUCGCAUUUCUGCUCGCCGACGCUGGUUACGAUGUCUUCAUCGGAAACACAAGAACUUCCAACUUCAGCUACGGCCAUUCCUCAUUAACACGCUGAGACGAUGUAGACAGACACGCACUCCACUCUUUGAGUUUGAGUCUUCUGACGAGCCGCUUUGCAGGACUAUUGGGACUGGACCUGGGAUACUCUGGUUGACCAAGAUUUGCCAAACAUGCUACGUUUCGUGCAUGCUCAGACGAAUCAACGAGCAAUGUAUGUCGGCUUCUCGCAGGCCAGGUCAAGAAGGCCGCAAUGCUCCCGUUGCGUACUUAGAGCAUGUUGACGCCCCUAUGCUCUCCGUCGCUUCGCGGAUGAACUACUGUGAUAAUCUCGCCUUCAACCAGCUUCCGGAAACUAAUGCAGGACCGAACUGCUGCAUCAAUCCAACAAGAAGAUCCCGGUACGAGAUGCAGGGAACCUCGAUGAGAAAUCUUGCGCAAAUGGCUCAGUGUAAGAAAUCUGCUGCGUUUUUUUAUUCCUCCAUCAUCCUUUUCGACAUCAUCGUUGCAGUGGUACGAUCUGGAGAGUUUCAAAAGUAUGAUCACGGCGCCAUUGGCAAUCUUAUGCACUACGGAAGCAUGAAUCCGCCAUCGUAUGACCUCUCCAAGAUCCCCAGUGACAUUCUGCUGAUCCGGGGAGAGAAGGAUGAACUCGCUGACAGAGAAGAUGUUGAGCGUCUAGUGAAAGAACUGCCAGGACAUCCUCAGUUUGAGAUCAUCCCUCGCUAUGCGCACGGUGAUUUAGUGCUCGGAGCUAACGCAACUUCGUUGGUGUUUAAGAAGGUGCUCGACUUCUUUGCCAAGUGA